AUGCGCUGUCUCCGCAAGUGGCCGCCAUGCUGCCUUUCGUCCUCUUUUUGGACCUACCUGUCGAGCAACACCCGCUCUACUUCAAUAUACCCGCGGAGCUCUUGCACCAGAUCGCCGUGGUCCUGAUGGUGGCGAGCGUGGACGCCACGUCGCUGCUGUGUCGCGUGGCGCUGUACGUGAUGGGGCUGUUCGGAACACGAGUGCGCACGCUGCUAUGCAGCUGUGUGGCAGGCGCCGCCCUCUGCACGCUGCUUAUGAGCGCCACGGCCGCCGUGUUGCUCAUGGCUGCCGUCGCCGACAAAAUGGUGCAGCUGUUGCAGAACGAGCUCGUACAGGCGUUCCAACAACGUGCGCUGUUCGACAAAACGACGGUGGGUAUGUCCUCGCUGCGGCGUCGCCUGCUCGAGGACAUCCUGUGGCCAAGGCGCUUCGGAGACCGCGAACCAACGAGGCCAAUCGCCGUGGACGGGCCUAGAUCAUCACCCUCUACGAUCCCCGGCGAGGCCACCAUGCGCCUGAUUCACAAGUGGUCGUCGUCGCAGCGCGGCCGUGGCGUGGAUCGCGAGUCGCUGCCCAAGCUGGCCAACGCAAAGUACGCGAACUCCUGGGUGCUGGACUUUCUCACCGACACUAAUGUCAGCGACGACCAGUUGAUGAACCACGAGGUGUCCCGAACCAGCGCCCCGUGCUCCACGGGGACCGGGGAGGAGCCGCCACGGCGCCACACGCCGCCCAAAAGCCCUGUUGUGCCGAGCAAGUCGUCAUUCUUGUCGGUUCCCCGUGUCAGACGCCUCAAGAAGACGUCCAUCCUCGAGGACGGCCAAGUGGUUGUGCCGGGACAGUCGUCGCCCGAACGCAAGGGCCUCAAGAGCAUCGACCUCGUUACCAGACGAUCCACUACCACCUGCUAAUGGGCGUCGUGGUGGCGUCGUCCCUGUCCAGCAUGCUCUCCCGCACGCACAACAGCAUCCAGACCAACGUCAUCGGGUACGUCGAAAG